AUGCGCUCUAGUGAUUUACGUAUUUUCGACGUGUACAAGAUUACUGUAGAGGUACAGGAGACUUUCGUGCGACGCUCGUUGAAAGAGCACCGGAAAUUGCCUUCUGUCGACUGCUUGGAGGUUGCCGCCGCGUCGUGUAACAUUUCACGGUUUUUGAAACAUGAAAGUCCCGAAAAUGGGCAUAAUGACAAAGGCGAAUGCGAUGACAAAUACUCGGCAACAGGGCGGCGACAGCGGAUCGCCAGAAGCGCUGACGCCGGAGCAUUGCAAACAAUGUAA